ACCUCGACGCGACGCGACGCAGCCCCCCAAAACCCAACAAAUCCUCGGCGAUCGCAAGCGCUCUGCCCCGAGGGGGAGCGAUGGCCGAGGAGGCCGGCCACCCGUCGCGGUACGUGAAGCUGACGAGGGACCUGCAGGACGCCCCCGCCGCGGAGGACAUCCGCCCCGGCGAGCUCAACCAGCCGGUCGCCGUCCCGCAGCUGGAGCAGAGGAGGUGCGGGGAGUGCGGGCAGGCGCUGCCGGAGAGCUACCAGGCGCCGGCGGACGAGCCGUGGACCACCGGCAUCUGCGGGUGCGCCGAGGACGCCGAGAGCUGCCGAACUGGAUUGUUUUGCCCUUGUGUGUUGUUUGGACGUAAUGUUGAGGCCCUAAGAGAAGAUAUCCCAUGGACCACACCUUGCACUUGCCAUGCUGUCUGUGUUGAAGGUGGCAUUGCAUUAGCAAUCCUAACAGUGAUUUUUCCUUGUAUUGAUCCAAGCACAUCAGUCCUGAUUGGUGAAGGACUGAUGUUUAGUUGGUGGUUAUUUGCUACCUAUACCGGUAUUUUUCGUCAACAACUCCAGAGGAAAUAUCAUCUCAAGGAUUCACCAUGUGAUCCUUGCCUGGUCCAUUGCUGCCUGCACUUGUGCGCGAACUGUCAGGAGCAUCGAGAAAGGAAGGGCCGCCUUGCAGAAAACAAUGCUGAUCGGAUCACCAUCGUCAACCCCCCACCAGUGCAAGAAAUGAGCGUGGCCGGGAAUCAUCCCAGCACUACAGCAGAGAAUGGAGCAGCAAGACUGUAGUCGCUGGGCAUGGCGAUGUCGAGGACAUACCAAUAGUAGAGAUACAAUACAAGCAUAGGAAUAUAUAUGAAUAACAGAGUGAGAAAAGAAACUGACCUUUGUAACCCGUGUGCCUACUGAUAAAACGUUUCUCAGUAUCGGCACAAAGAGAGUUUGUUAGAGCAUCUCCAAAGAGAUGUCUAAAGUUUAUCUCUAAAACCAAAUUUUAGAAAUUAGACUAGAAAAUAUAUCUCCAACAGAUUACCAAAUGCAUUCCUAAUAUUUACUCAUGCCUGAAAUUAUCUCAAUUAUAUCCUAAAUUUGA